AUGAGAGUUAAGUUGACACUACUUCCACCUUUCGCCUCGGCGAAACUGAUUCUACCAGUACCGGAAGGAUGCAAGACGAUACAUGAUCUGAAAAAACAUAUCCUGGAAUCGAUCUCGGUAAUAUCUCAACAUGCUUCCAAAGCUAAGGAGUUGGUAUUAGAGAUAGACGGGUUUGAGCUUCUGGCGGGGAGUCAGGUAGGAGUGAUCGAGAGUGGGGACGUAGUCUCGGUGAGGUUAGCUCCAGGAAGCUCGAAAGUUCAAGUUGAUCCGGUUGAGAACAAGAAGCGCAAGGCUCAUGAUAAAAGCAAAGAUGCUGAUAAGGUCAGGAAGAAGCGAAGAACAUCAACCAGCAAGGCAUCAAAAGUCAAUAUCAGCUCAGCUACACGACUGCCUAUUGUCACUUCCUUUCCACCACCAUCACAAGCUAUCCCAUCACAGACCAAUUCUAUUCCUGCGAAACGUGCAAGAUCCCUUUCGUCUUCAUCAUCCUCAUCCAGUGCUAGCUCCUCUUACUCCAGCUCCUCCGACUCAAGUUCGGAUUCGGAAUUAUCAUCAUCAUCGUCUUAUUCUUCUUCUUCUUCUGCCUCAAGUUCUUCAAGUUCAAGUGCAUCUUCGUCCACAUGGAGCCAUUACCCAGUCCUAACAAAAUCAACGACUGGUCCUUCACGAGUUCCUCCAGGUGAAGGUAAACCGUCCACCAAAAAUCGGAACGCCCGUCGUCGACUAGCCAAACAAUACAAGAAGAAACAGAUGAGCCAACAGCCACCUCGUGAUAAACGGACGAGCGAAAGUGUCGUCGAAGCCGUGACGGCGACUUCAGCAAGUGUCAGCUCGGGUGAACAGCAGAUACCGGUACCUGGGAGUAUGGCAAAUAGGAAUAAGAAAAAAGGGUUCCUGAACGAUAUGAAAGAUAAAAGAGGUGUUAAGACGGUAUUCAAUGAUAACAACGAAGAUGGGGAAGGGGACAUGUCGAUUGGGAUGGAAGGAGCGCACGUGAAACAAGAUGGAUCAGAUCCAAAUCAGGUGAAUGGAGAUGCGGAAGCGGUAUUACCUUUCCAGGACACGUCUUAUAUCGAAGAGCUCGGUGUUAGAAAAGAAGAAAUGGUAAUCCCUUCUCAAAUGGUGGAUUUACCCAGUAACCUGUUUGUCACUUCGGCUGAGUUUCCUAGAGCACCCACUUCUCCUAGGAGGAGCCAGCGUCGCAAACAUCUAGAUGAGGAAGAACCCUUAAACACUCAUGAGCGUCAAGAUCUGUCUGAUGGGCAGGAGAUAGAGAUGGAAGGUGUCAAUGAUGAAGAAGAAAUGGUGAAUGCCGAUAUAGGCGAUACAGAAGAAACACUCUGGCAAAGAGUAGAAAAGGAUUUUGAAAGUUUACCUGUACUCAGCGUAGAUGUUAUGGGGUCGUUGAAAGUUGGAGAGAUGAUCACAUGCAAGGAACUCGAACUGGACAUGAUCACCUAUUCACCUGCGUUGGUCACUAAGAUCGCUAAAGUAACGCAAAAGACAGAUGGACAAGUAAGGUUCGAAUGGAUGAAGAAGCCUCUUUUAACAUAUGAGGGGUACGAGGAUCAAUUUGUUGGUGAAGUCGAUGAAUUCAUGGAAGAAGAAGAACAGGAGGAGGUGAUUCUGGAUGAAGGAGAAGUGGCAGCUGAGAAAUGGAAACUAGCCCGACGUGAUCUGUAA